AGCGUAGUUCAAAUUCAUCCGCCAUAUUCGUCGUGUCAGGCGGAGUGCAGUAAGCGGCUGUGACAUGUUUUAUCGUAAACUGCAUAAAACUUAUGACAUUAAGUUCUCAGUGGUGCUAGUUUUAAUUAAAAAAUACGAUAAUUAUGCGAUCUGAUGGAGCUUCGAAACUAUCCGAUCGUCUGUUGAUUAAACGUGCAACGGACUAUGUAUUCAUGUGUUUAUGAUAACAGCAUUAACAGUAAUUGUCGGUCGUGUAUUGUUUUUUUAAUCCCAUGCUGUUGGUGGUGUGAGCCUUGGUGAUAUUAUGCAACGUAACAUAACCGUGACCUUCGCGUAUCGUGACCGUGCUUCUUGUGCUUUUUGAGGUUAAAAUGCAACUUGGAUUAUGAGCGACAGCGCCGAGCCAUCAGAUUGGCGCGCACCGAUGGCAGACGAGUCAGACGCGAGGGCGCGUCGCGGGCCCGCGCCCCCGCCGCGUCACACCGCGCGCCCGCCCGAGCCGCGGCCCCGGACGGGCGUAUCUGGGCCCCCUCUAGUGCCGGCCCCGGAGCGACAACCACCGCCGCGGCUGAUACGCCCUUCCGAACACCUCGCGAUUGUUGAACGCGCGAUGGAGCGGCGACCACCUCCGUUAGUGCCGUCUGUCACGGUGCUCCACGGGCCCAGGCCGACCUUGCCCCCGGCCGUGCCAGGGCACAGGUCAGUGGCGCCCCCUCCGCUGAGAAUGCCCGCGCCGGUCACCCAGGUUAUGAGGCCGCCGCCACCAAGGAGAGAAAUUCAGCCCCCACCAACAGUCCACGGCCCCGUCGCGCUGCCGCCCCCGACCGCCUCGUCCGCGCCAGCGUCGCUGUGUGCCGCACCGCGCACCAUCACCAUACACAAAGUCGACGCUAGACACAACUUCGGCUUUUCAUUGAGGCACUUGGUCGUCUACCCUCCGGAGUCCUUGACGGACCUAUACGAUGACGCGCGCCUGCUGGCGGUGGGCGCGGUGGUCGCUCCAAUGGACACCAUCUUCGUGAAGGCGGUCCGGCCGGGCGGACCGGCGGCGGCGGCCGGACUACGCGCCGGCGACCGGAUACUCGCCGUCAACGGCGUGCCGGUCGCGUGCGGGAACACUAAAGCGUCCUACCAGAGAGUAGUUCAGAUCGUCCAGAGGGAACCGAGAACGCUUAGGCUUACGGUCGUGCCAAGGGAUCACGACUUGUUGCAAAGGUAUUUCAGCGAGGCGGCCUACAACCCCGAAUCGAACCAGCGCGCAAUCGAGAUGCCAGCACCGCUCACCGAGCACGAGUCGCGGCUCUUCGACGCGUACCGGAGGACUAGGCCUGCGCUGCCGGCCCCGCAGGCCCCGGCGAGGCUGCGGGAGGACCCAGAGUACGCCCCUGUGGGAACCCUGGCGGCGAGACUCGAUGUGCCACGGAUGCAGCAUUAUCUGUUGCAUGAUAGCAGGCGAGAGUCCGACACAUCGCUACCGUCUUCAGCAACAGAAAGCAAAGACAGCUUAGGCUCCUUCGACUCCAACUCUACCCUGACAGGACGAGAACAAGACGACUCGAUUAUCCUCUCCCGAAUACGAAAAAGUCUCGAACAAAAGGAGGCAUUCCUUCGACGUCCUAGUCAGCCCACUGGAUGGGCGACUCCGGACGCAGCCCCGCUAAUUCAACAAAAGGAAUUCUACGCCAGACCUCAAAAAUUACAAAAACCAGCGUGGCCACCUCCUGCUACAUCCCCUCCCUUGGCAGCAUCCCCACCCCCGCAAGAUAAAAGAGAAGAUUGCUCAGCAAGCGUCGACAGCGGCACGUACAGUGGUUACGGUGAACUGAAUGGCGCGCAUGUGGAUAGAAGCAAGUCAAAACCUGAUAAGAGCCAGUUUGUGUCGACUCUAUCAAAAAUACAGGAGACUGCUCCGAGCAUACAGAGCAAUAAUGUCGGGACUGUAAACAAUAACGGAUCUAGCGAACUUAAAGAUGAGUCCGCGACGAGUAAUCAAGAUAGCAGGUAUCCAGUGCCAGAGCUCCAACUGGUGACAGCCAGGACGAGGCAGCUGGAAGAGGCGCGCGGAGGCGGCGAGAGGCGGACAGAGGUCGCCCGCAGUGAGCUGGCGCGCCUCUCCACCACGCGGCUGGAGCCCAGUGUGGCGCUGCGAAGGAAAGAGUUCGAGACCAGAGCGAGCAGAAGAGAAGCGAGGUCUUUGGAUGUACAACCUCAGCAAGAGCUGGAACACGUGGAAGUACCCCUCGGCGGCAGCCUUUCCGGCAACCAGCUCGUCAUCACCGGCAGCAAGCACCUUCAUUGCCCGCCUCCAGAUGGAUAUGUGCCCGAAACAGAAAAGGUUCAAAUGCGAACAAGGUCAAAUAGUACCGGUAGUGAAGGAUUACCCAUUAGAAGACAUCAUGCCACAGAUGGCAGUCACGCGAAGAAGCGAAUGGGCCUGAACAGAGAACAAAUGGAGGCGAUGAACCGCGUCUCGCUGCCUGGAGUCAUGAACGGGCUGGAAGGGCCUCAGAGGCCUACCCAGCUGAGCCUAGCGCCGCCGUCGGGGUCAACGUCCGCGUCCGUAUCGGCCGCCACUUCCCCGUCGCCCACGCCGAGCACCCCGGCCGACUCAGGUUUUGCCGAUGACCUAGUGACAAGAAGACAGAAGAAGGAUGCUCAGCUCGGAGAGGAAGAACGUGCCAUGAGACGGGUGUCGUAUCUUAAAGCCACGUGGGGAGACCGCAUGCAUAUGGACAGCGACAUAGAGCCAGAUGGCGACCAUAACUUGAGAAGCCCCGAGAAGAAGGGCGAGGGCGCCUGUGAGGAAGUGGUGGAGCCGACGGAAGGGGAUGUGCAAGGGAAUGUACAAAUCAAGGCUGUGGUAACGAACGGGAAGCGCGCAAGCGACAGGUCGUGGAAACAAGUAUGGGCGGUGUUGCACGGCGCCAAGCUGUACCAGUACCGGCAUCAUCCCAGUCAGAGCCCCGGCGCGGUGAGCGGGUCGGCGACGGAGGUCCAGAGCGGCUCGCGGGACGCCCUGGACGUGCGCCACUCGCUGGCCGUGGUGCUGGCUGACGACUACACCAAGAGGAAGCACGUGGUCAGGGUCACCACCGCUACUGACGAGUUCUUGCUGCAGGCGGACGGAGCAGCAGACGCACAAAGAUGGCUAGCCGCUCUUAGACGGCACACGGCGGAGCCCCCGCCGGCAGAUACUGCGCCAGCGCAGCAAACCCCCGCCCCCGCUACCCCUGCAUCUUCUGCGGAUUGCCCCUCGCCUCUGCCGCCACAACGCAGCAAGAAAAUUGGCAGGAACAGGUCUCCUACUGGUCCCCCCACCCCGACCUUGCCAUCGUCUCCCAAGAACAAGACGUGGAAGGGUCGUAUGGCGAAGCAACUCCGGCGCAUGCACCCCGGCACUACCGCGGCGGCGCCCCCGGCGGCCACGGGCUGGCUCGGCGCCCCUCUGGAGCGGUGCCCGACCGACCCAGACCAUCCACUCGUGCCUAAAGCGGUCACCCUGCCUGCUAAUGCUGUGGAGACAAACGGCCUCCGCACCGUGGGCGUGUACCGCGUGCCGGGCAACGCGGCCGGCGUGGCGGCGCUGGCCGGCGCCCUGGACCGCGGCGAGCCCCCGCCGGCCGGCGACCCGCGCUGGGCGGACGUCCACGUCGCCUCCAGCUUGCUCAAGGCGUACCUGAGGCGGCUACCGGACCCGCUGCUCACAGCUGAGCUCUAUCCCGCGUUUAUAGCCGCGGAUCGGUCCCCCGAAAGGGCGCGGGAGCUCCGACGCCUCGUCCACGCCUUGCCCGAGGCCCACUUCGAAACACUCAAGUACCUGAUCCAACACCUGCGGAAGGUCGUCGCCCACUCCUCGUACAACAAGAUGGAGGCGAGAAACCUGGCUAUUGUGUUCGGCCCGACGCUGGUCCGAGCAGCCAGCGAUGACAUGCUGGCUAUGGUCAAUGAUAUGUCGAGCCAAUGCCGCAUCAUCGAGUCCUUCCUUAAUCAUUACACAUGGUAUUUCUCCGAGGAGGAAGGCACCCCGCCGGCCGAGCCGCCGCUCGCCAGCGACGAGCUCACGCCUGCGCCCGCGCCGUCGAGGGACCUGCUCAUACACAAUGUCAAGAAGAUUGAAAGCAAAGACGUAACAACCCGAGACAUCGUCUCGUCAAUAAUAUCAGCGGCCAACCGCAAGAUCCAGCGCAAGCCGCGCUCCAAACCCGACAAGAAGUGGGAGGCGAGAAACGAAGCCUCCCCUCCGAGUAGUCCACCGCGGUCCCCGCUCACUUCGCCGCCUGCGCACCUCACGACGGCAUUAGCGGACUAUGACGGCUUGCCAAGGGAUAAACCGAGACACCAACAGAUUAACAAAAUUGAUAUGGGAGGCGAUCCUUCGAUGAGGCUGGGCCGCGACCGACAAGAGCUCCUGCGCCACGCAUUCGAACAUUACAUUGAUGGAACCGGCGACUUGGUUUCGUCUCUGACGAGCACGUUCGACCAAAAACUGCGCACGCUCAACAACGCGUCGCCGCUGGACGACGGCAGCAUCCCGUACGCGGACGAGGGUCCGGACGAGGACGGCAAGUCGGGCGGCAGCUCGCCGUCCUCGGCCAGCGCCAGCCCGGGCGCGGCGGCGCGCGCGCUGGAGCUGAAGGCGGCGUGGCUGGCGCGCGACCUGCGGCUGUCGUCCUCCAGCAGCAACGACGACGAGCGCGCCUGGCCGCGCCGCCGCGACGACGCCGACGACUCCGAGAAAGAGAACUGCAUCAUUCCAAAAAAGACUAGUCACGACGAGGCGCGCACCGACGACGAGAAGGACGUCGACACGCGCUCGCAGACCUCGAGCGGCGGCACGCUGCCCGACAACGACAAGACCAUCGAGAGGGUGCUGUACCCGGCCUACAACGGCCUGCGCUCCUCCAACGCGGACAGCGGCAAGCGGAACAGCGCGGCGCUCGAGCACGAGAGCGGCGGCAAGGAGAAGGACGACGAGGUCGACUGCGUCAAGCUGAAGCGGUCCGAGUCUCUGAACAGGGAGUCCGAGAGGAGCGAGGCGAGAGUGCUGCGCUCGGAGAGCCUCAACUGCCGCGUGGAGCGCCUGCAACGCUCGGAGUCGCUGAGCAAGGGCGAGCGGCUCAGCAAGCUGGAGAAGGGCGAGUGGAACGUGGUGCGGCGGCGGGAGGGCGGCGCGUGGCGCUCCACCAAGCUGAAGCGCAAGAACGGCAUGCCGGAGCGCGGCAUCAAGCGGCGGCACACGGUGGGCGGCACCAAGGACUUCGACAAGGACGGCUGGAGCGCGCGCCACACGCGCACGUCGUCGCCCGACCUGCGCGCGCCCGCGCCGCUGCCGCUCGAGUCGCACGUGUGACCUCGCGCGGCGUGGAGGGACCGCUCAUGCUGAUUCGCAGUAAACUCUCCGUGAGUUCCGCGACAUCAACGCAAAAUCGGUAACAUUUGAAAUGUUUGUAAAUGAGUAUGCUAAGGAUGUUUUAUUAUUAUCAAUUUAAGCACCUACCAGUUUAUUUCGUGGAAUUCAGGAAAGUUUAGUAGAAUUUAAGAAUAAAGGCAUUUACGGAUGAACCAGGCUGUCUCUCGGCACCGUGCCGCUACAUUUGAGAGCUAGAUCCCGCAUUUUAAGGAAGAGUACACUCCUCUUUAGUUUUGAACCUAAUAGGUGCCUAUUUACUCGGCUGGUGCUGUUUUGAUAAAGUUUUCUUUUGUGCUACGACGAAUGUUAUAAAUUAUACUUGCAAUUUACCGAACAAUCAGUUGUUGUAACUUUAAUUCUCUCAUAAAUAAAUAAGUCUGAUUUGCAUCACCCAGAUUUAACAGCGUCACUACUAACAGUUGGACACUUUCACUAAGAGAGGCUAUCAUUAAUUUGUUUCAAUUUUAAUGGACUGAAUAGAUUAGGUCAUAUAUAUUAAACUACUUAUAACAACAAUAUUAUAAAUACUCAAAGUCAUUAAGUCAGUAGAGCACGUCGAGGAUUUAAAAUUCCUUUCUUAUUUCGACACUAAAACGCCCCAUUUCAAGUUUAACGAUGUAGAAUUACGGUAAUUAUAUUAUUAUGUAUGAUGAAUUGAAAAUAACUUGGACAGUGCAAUACAUGUGAUCGAAUAAUAUGAGAUGUUUGUAAUGUAUUGUGAACAAACAUCGGUGCAAGCCUUACGGACUUAGCUCACUAAACAAUGCCAAAGAAUGAAGAAAUGUCAGAUCAGGAGACGUGCUAGAGAACGAACGGAGGUGACCGAAUGAAAGGCAGGAUGAACUCUCAACGAACUACAUCAUAUCAAGGACAAGCACUUGAACUGUAAAGCUUCGUACACAAGGUACCUUUAUGAUUCGUUUCACAGUCUACUUCGAGUAGAAUAACUCCCCGUGUAGGUAUACGAACUACUUUUGACGGAGUUUCAGUGGAACUUAUUGAAGUGCAAAAUUUAAUGCAUAAUAUAGUUAAUUAGUGCUAUUCGUAUGUAGAUAGAACCUACAGAUAAUAAAUUUUAUUAAGAUAUACCUGUAGGACUUUAGUUAAGUGAAAUAUACCCACAAACGUGGAUAAUGACCAGACUAUUAAAACACCACUUUACUUAUAAGGUUAUAAUGUAGGAAUUUAACGUAGAUUGACAUUAAAAUUUCUUAAUAGUUAUUGAUGAGAAAAAUAUGAACAUUUAAUGCAUACAUCACCUACUUGCCUUUGCAAUAGAUUUAGCUGAUUCGAGUAUUAUUCGCAAUUUCAACUAAUAGAAACGCUAUGUAUUAAAGUUACCUUAUAUUUUGUCUCCUUCUUUUAUAUGUUUAUUGAUAAAAUAUGAAUUGAAAUGUUUUAGUAAUGCGAGUCGCCAUGAACUAAUACUUGCUUGUGAAGGCUCGACUAUUUCGGGAAACGACUGUAAAUAUAAACGCAAUAGUUGAGCUUAAUGGUAAUUACGUCAUUGGUGUUGUAUUAGAAUAAUGAUUUGGAUAUAUUUAAUCAGUAGCGUCUACAUUGCAACUAACUGACGUUAACACUACAUUACAGUGAUAAUAAUAAAAGUGAUCCCCUAGCUUUGUAAAAACUGUACAUUUCUUUUAAGAUUAAUUUAUAUUGAAUUUGUUAUUGUAGCUUUGUUGAAUGCAAUUAUUUUUUGUUUUGUUUAUCAAAGAGAAGUAUUUUAGGCUAAAUUCAAUUGUUAUUUAUUUGCGAAAGCUAUAAAAUGUGAUUUGGCACAAUUUCUUUAUUUUUAAAGCUUAAUUAUUAUUCUUGUAAAUAUUUCUUCACCUAAAUAAUGUUUGAAUUUCGUUCUUUAACUUUUUUUAAAAUUUUAUACCAUCCUUACGUUAAGACGAUCUCAAGUUUGUUGAAUGUUUGCAAAGCGUUCCUUUAUAAAGAUUUAUUUGUAAAUAUAUCAUUUAGUGUAGGAAGUGAAUUUAAUGAUUUUACAAGAUCGUAUGUAACCGGUAGGCAACUAGCGAGCGCGUUGGCGCCAUUUCAUAUAAAAGACAUGUCGCUUAAGAGAACUCUACGAGUGUCUGCUAGCAAGAGAUUGUAUUCAAUUAUCUAUUCAUGUUCUUCGUGUAAUCUGCUAUCGAAUUGAAAUAACCACCUUAAAGACAUUUGAGAAUGUACUCAGAUUCUCGGUACUUGUCAUUGUGUAUAUUUUGGAGCAAUGAAAUAAAAAUAUUGAAUCAAUUUA